CAGCCACCGACGUCAGCGAUCGACCAGCAUCGUACUUUGCAAUCACAAUCAACUUUGGUACUCGCAAUAUGUCUCAAACCUUACACUCUGCAUCGCCGGUCAACGACGGUGAAGUCUACUGCCCUUUGCAUCCUGAAAAAGCUAUUCCGCUUAAAAGGAGUGGGCCCAGUGCAAAGAACCCAAACCGGGAUUUCUUCUCAUGUAGGGUGGGCAAUGGUAACACUGGCUGCUCGUUCUUCAAAUGGGCAGACGAGCUCCCCAAUGGAUCGCCAGUCUCCUCCCGUAUUCAAUCUCAGAGCUUUCUGACACCGCCUUCCACUCCGAGCAAACGAUCUGCAUCAGAUCGAGACAGAGACAGUCCGAGCUCUUCACAUAGCAAGUCAUACACUCCGAGCAGUCCUGCGGCGAUGAGACGACUGGAAGUGAUACAUGCGUACAAAAACAGUCCGCGUGCAUCUGAGAGUACAGAAUAUCCCCGUUCUCAACCAUCUCUGUCAAGUCCUCCGCAAGAUAUACCGCCUCACCUACCAAGUUGGAGUGAAGUGACGCCGCCUGCUUCUUCCGAGCGUCGUGGUACGAAACAGCGCAUCGAACCGCUUCGAUUGCCCCAGAGCCCCACUUCAAGUGUUCGGUUCUCGUCCUCAGCAUCGAGCUCAGGACGCUCGGUGAACACUGUACAGAAAGGCUUCCAGUUCGAUAACAGUCCUUUCCUGGUGCCUUCAGGGAUCGCUCAGGCGGAUGGUGAAGACGAGGACAUCAUUGCUGCUGAAAUCGUGGAUACUAGCCAGCGCGUUGCGGCACACAUUCAGAAUCUCCAGCGGAGACUGUCUGCUGCAGAACAGAGCAACAACGCCAAGGCUUUGCGACUGGCGGAAUUGGACCAGGAAUGCAAAGAGUUGCGAGCGCGCAAUGAAGAUUUGGAGCGAUUGGUACAGAGCUUGACCUGACAUGUAUGUAUUGAAACCUUUUGAUCGAACUCUCGACCGAUGCGGAAAUGAGCUGUGAUAUGUUCGACAAUCAUGCAAAUGCCACACUUCUGAUGGGACGUAUGCGCUGAAAUCUCAGCAGCCAAUCGUGUUUCGGUCUUGGACGGUUGACUGCCCAGACUAAUCGGUAUUCUGUGGAGGGAUCGCAUCGGCUCUUCUUCGCUCUGUUUCAAUUCGGACAAUCCGCGGCAGGUAUUUCUGGCCCGCGUCCCCAACAGAAGCAGUGGCACGUGUUGUGGUUCUGGCCCGAUCGACCAUCCGGCUCCCGACCAGUUGUCCUGUCUCUCUUUUGAGGGUUGAGGUGAUCAUAUGUAUCUUCGUUCUUGUCCUCAAGAGAAGCAGCCCCACAUGUCCAGGUGCGGACUUCCGCAGCAGGCAUCCCGGCAAACAUCACCGCUUAACAGUGUGCUCGACGAUUUGCGCUUGGGACGACAUAAGCCGGACACCGGGUUUCGGAGAGCACAUGCGAUAUGCUAAACGGGUCAAAAGUGGAUUCAUGACCCGGUACUCGGCAGAGUGCUAAACUUGGUCCAAACUGGCAUGGUACGUGGUACAUUGGAAUGAUGGUUCGAGAUGAUCAAUGAAUGGCUGAGUAUCAGAUAGAUUAACGUCAUGUGAUGGAUAGUCCGCAUACAUUGUCCGCAGCCAGUAACCAGCACGCAUCUGGGCUGGUCCGAGUCUCAACAGAACACUUGCUUCCACCACUGGACAAAGCGUGUCCACCAGCCACCUUCCCAGCCGUCCGCACGCGCUAAAGAACUGACCCACAUGUUGCCUGUUCCAAACUGAAGAAUCUGGCCUUCGCGACCCUCCUCCAGAUCCUUCGGGGCCUCUACUGCGGGGAACCGGGGAAGCGCUCGUCGUGUCAAGAAAGACGGGAACAACUUGACGAGAUCGACCAGUUCCGGAUUGGUCAAGUCGGGUGACGUCCAUAUCCGCAGAAACUCGUCUUCGUCCGUGUCAUCGAUGGCAGAAAGCAGUGGAUCAUCAACGCCACUGUCACUCACAAAAGGAGUAUCCUCCCCAUCGGUCGAAGUCGGGGUAACCAACAGCGCCGACGUGCCUGACGACGGCGAGGACGAGAGUGAGUGCGACAUGGCUGGGGUAUCGAGGAAUGGAUCACUGGGCGCCCGCGGGCGCUUGGGUAUCGGUUGGUUGGGAGCUGGCGCCGUUUGGGAAAGGAGGGGCUGCGACUUUGAUCGGGAGUGCACUGUACUAGAAACAGACGAAGAGAAGUUAUUGGAGACACGUUUCGACGAUGGUAAUUCUGUGAAUCCAAGGACUCCUUUCAAAACAUCGAUGGAUUCGAGCAUGAAAUCCUUGCCGCUAAGAAAAGUGAGCUAAAGUCGUGAUGCCACAGUCGGCGACGCACCCCGUUUCCCGCAAAACCGCAUCAUCAAAUUCCCAUUGAAUCCUGUUCCUUCCGGCACCACCAAUAGACUCGGGUACCACCUGAAGCCUCAGAAUCGCCCACACUAAGCUUGAGAUUAGAUACCGAUGGCAUCAUUUCUGAGCCAAGGUAACACGUACAGGAGCGGAAGAAAGGCUCAGGU